AUGUUUGCUAUUUCUACGCUCGAUCAUUUAAUUUUCCAUAAAAUUCCAUCUGUUGUCGGUUGCGUUGAUGGAACGCACGUUAAGAUAAUUGCGCCAUCCGAAAAUAGUCACCUAUCCUACAACAGAAAGGGUUAUUACAGCUUAAAUGUUAUGCUGGUAUGUGACCAUGAAUUAAAAAUACGCUACGUCGACGCUUCUCAUCCGGGUGCUAGUCAUGAUUCACUAAUUUGGAAUGUUAGCGAAUUACGUUCACAUUUUGAGACACAAUUUUCCAACCACCAAAGAACUGUUUGGUUGCUAGGUGAUGCUGGGUAUCCGUUAGAACCAUGGCUUAUUACUCCUUAUCGGACGCCGAACCAAGCAGAAAUUAAGUUCAACGAAAUGCAUUCAAAAUGUCGCAACAUAAUUGAAAGAACUAAUGGUGUUUUAAAGAACCGAUGGAGGUGCAUUCUUGGUGGACGAGAACUACACUACGCUCCAGAGAAAGCAGCACAAAUUGUAGAUGUUACUUGUUGCUUGCAUAACAUCUGCAUUCAUUUCAGAGCGAGUAUACCCGAUACACCCGAUGCCGAAGCGGAGUUAAACCUUCCUGAAAUUCACGACGUCCAUUCCAACAUACCAACACAAAAUAUGGAGGUUGCGAGAUCAAUAAGAAAUAAUAUCCGUGAUUCCCUCAAUGACUAA